CUGUCAUAUAACGUGCUGUUUAGUGUUUAGUCACUUUAGUGUUUACUUCGAAUUAUUUUGUGUAUAGGUUACUGCUUUGCUUGAUAAGAUUUAGUUAGGUUUAUCAAAGAACCAUUCAAAAAUUUUGUUAUUACCUGUCCGUGAACUAUAUUUGCAGGUAAAUUAUAAUCUUUAUAAAUUUUCUAGAAAAAUGCUAGAAGUCACUUGCAACGAUCGACUAGGCAAGAAAGUGCGUGUGAAAUGCAAUCCAGAUGAUACUGUGGGCGAUCUCAAGAAAUUAAUUGCAGCGCAGACCGGCACAAGAUCUGACAAAAUUGUUUUGAAAAAGUGGUACACAGUGUUCAAAGACCACAUCAAGUUAUCAGAUUAUGAAAUACAUGAUGGGAUGAAUUUGGAGCUUUACUACCAGUGAACAUUAUUUUAAAUUAAUUUAAGUGUUGUAUUUGUUUAUAAGCAAUUCUUAUUGACAACUCAAAAGUGUGAAGGUAUAAUAAAAUAAGUCUAUUGCUA